CAUUAUUCAGUAAAUGAAUGAACGAACGAAUCAAUCAAUCAAUCAAUACAACUUGAAUUUGACGACACAGACAAACACGCAGGCACACAAAUCAAAACAGUCAACUUAGAAGGUUUCCCAAUAGGAUACGAUAUGAGAAAUCUAAAAAUGACACACUGACUCUAAAAGGUUAAGCAAAGGGAAAGGUAGUAAAAGCUGUAGCAGUAUAUGGUGUGAAAAAGUUUUCCAGUAUGAAUAUAUGGUGUGAAUGUUGUCUAGUCAUAUAAUAACAUUCCGUUAAAAUGAGCCACAAGAAAAUUGUCAGAAUAAUGAUACAAUCUGCUAAGACAUCCAUAGUGAGCCAGUACUGCAACAAACAAACAUUUUUGAGAGGAUGUGGUCAGGCAUCGCGAAGAGCUACUGCCAGAAGUUAACAGGUUCCUGCUUCCUACACACGCAAGCAUUCAUCCACAACCUCAACAAUGUUCUUUAAAUAAAAGUGAUAAAAACAAGUGUCGGAGAGAAAGAGACAGAGAGAUAUCCAGAGACACAGACGGACCAACCGAAAGCAAAGGGGAAAUGCAGUAGACGUUCGAAACACUUCUUGAUGUGGCACUGCUGUGACUGCACAGUCCCAACUCAAGCAAACCGGGAUGGACUAUGGACUCAACUCGAGUGACAACUGCACCCUGAAGCCUGCAGUCUCCCAUUCAGAGGUGCUCCCCUGGUUCUAUCUGUUUUUGGCUCUCCUAGGCUUCUUGACCAAUGGCCUGGUGUUGUUUGACCUCUGGAGGGCCAAGAGGAAGCCCACGGCAAUUUUUGGCCUGAACAUGGUGGUGUCUGACAUCAUCCUCUGCAUCAGCUUCUUCUUUCGGAUAGCUUUCUACAAAAACUCUAAUCAUUGGAAGGCUGACGCUCCGCUCUGCAGUGGAGUCUUAUCAGUUGCGAUCGCAGUCUUCUAUGUGAACAUCUACUGCAACAUGUGCUUCCUCUUGUGGACCAGCAUCAAUCGCUAUGUGACAGUGGUGCAGCCAAACUACGCGGUGCUGCAAGCAUUCAGGAAACCACAGAGAUGCCACCUCCUCUGUGCUGCCACCUGGUUGUUAUUUUUGGUAACUGUAAGUGCAAGAGUGGGGUCGACCAUAGUCAAGACUAGUGAAACCAUUGACACCUGCUUUCACUUGAUGGUGAAGAAAGAGCCAACAGUCUCAUUGGUCUUUGGCACAAUGCUCUUCUUCUUCAUUCUUGGAGCAAUGCUGGUCAGCUACGGCCUGCUGCUGCGCCACCUUCAGAAGAUCUGUAGAAGCAGCCUCAUGAGUGCCUGGUUCGGACCAGGUGGAGGCUUAAGAGUCAAGAGGAAGGUCCUUGCGUCCAUGCUGGUGUUUCUGGCCUGCUUCCUGCCACACCACAUCAUGAGGAGCAUCAUGCUUCUGUCGGAGCCAGGAAAUUGCACCACCAUGGCACAAAAGUACUCCCAGGUCAAGAGUGUCACCGUACUCGUAGCCGCAUUAAACUGCUGCCUCAAUCCCAUCCUGUACCUGGUGCUUCGUUCACCAUGCUGUCGCGGGAAGAGACCCAAACGCUCACCUGUUGUGACAGAUUGCUCCAGGAACCAAGUACCUCAGAUAAAUAUCACAGAGGCAUCUUAGAAGGAAGUAGGCCCCAUGUGACAUAUUUUGAAGGUCUCAACUGGCAUGGACAUGAAUCCCUAAGUUGUCAAAGACGUUUGUCAUUCGUAACUGGCAGCAUCAACCAAUGUUGCCAUGCUUAUAGAGGCAACUGACUUAAAGGAGGACAAUUAUUGGUCAUCCUGUCCCAAGAAUUCAGGUUAUCCUACCCAAAGAAUGGGAGCAGUGUUGUGCAACAUAACUGAAUACAACAUAAGACCCAGUUAACGCAAGGGCCCAUAGUACUAUUACUACGCUAUUACUAUAACUGCAGCAAAGUACUACAGACAAAGAGCUCUUUGUGGCUGUUUGAAGACAGUCAUUGUGUCAUAUUACCAUAUUACA